ACCAUGUUAGCAAAGCGGAAUAUUUUAAAACCGCUGUAGAUGCAAAACGACAAUAUUUUUCAUAUUCUGCGUUACAAUAAGUUUUUGUUAAAAUUCUUGCUUAGUAUCUUGCUUCGUGCAGUUCGGUAUAAGAAUUUAAAACUCGAAACAUUCCCACAGAGAAAAGGUGGAAACUCUUUACAGGUAAUAAUUACUCGUUCGUUCGUUCGUUCGUUCGUUCGUUCGUUCGUUCGUUCGUUCGUUCGUUCGUUCGUUCGUUCGUUCGUUCGUUCGUUCGUUCGUUCGUUCGUUCGUUCGUUCGUUCGUUCGUUCGUUCGUUCGUUCGUUCGUUUGUUCGUUCGUUCGUUCGUUCGUUCGUUUUCACCUGAAUGGUAUGUUUUAUAUGGUUUAGUUGCCUUCAAAUUAAUAUUCGUCAACUUAAAAGACAACCAUGAAAGAAAGCAUUACGAACAUUAUCUUUAUUUCCGCUUGCAUGGCUCUUCUUUUCUCAGCAGGAGCAUGUACAAACGUAAAGUUCGCUUGCAAAUCAACAAAUAUGGAGUUGAGUUGUCCAAAAAAUACAGUGAUAUACAUAAACAACGCACAAUAUGGUCGUACUGGUUACUUAGCAACUCAAGUAUGCUUUGGAAUAAAACACCAAAAUUUAAUUUGCCGAACUCCAAGGGCGCAUCAAGUUGUUUUCAGCAGGUGUAACGCUAGACAGUCGUGUACUAUUGCGGUCGAUGAUCAACUAUUUGGAGAUUCAUGUCAUGGUGUGGAAAGUUAUUUAACAGUACAUUACACGUGUCAGCAAAGGGCCGUCGCUUGCGAAAACGAAAGAGCGUAUUUAAGUUGCCCAUUCGGAAGUUCAAUAAACAUUUUCCAUGCUAAUUUUGGCCGAUUAUUGCCGGAGGUUUGUCCUGGCCAAAACUCGAAUUCCACAACAUCGUGUCGAACGUAUAUAUCACGUAGCGUAGCAGCUCGGUGUCAAAGUUUGAGAUCGUGUUCAGUAGAAGCAACAGCAUUUAGAUUCGGAGACGCGUGUAGAAAUGUAUCAAAAUAUUUAGAAAUCCAUUAUCAAUGUAGUAAAAUACCUGUUAAAGAGAUAGUACGAUGCAACAAUAAACCGUUAUACUUCCAAUGUCAACGUGGGGAACACAUUGAGAUUGUGCAUGCUGAAUUUGGCCGGCGCUCGCCAGAUUUUUGCCCUGGGGCGAAUUCUACAACUACAACAACAUGCCAGGAAAGCUCUGCUUUAAACCGUGUUAAACUCAGUUGCCAAGGGAGAUAUGUUUGCUUGAUCCACACGUCAACGCAACUGUUUGGCGAUCCUUGUCCCGGUGUUCGAAAAUACCUUCUUGUUCGUUACAUCUGCGCAAAAACUCCUGAUCCAGAUCAACCAACUAAUCCACCAGCCUUUGCUUAAACAGUAUAAAGUUAUUAAUAACAUAUUUUGUGCGAUUUUUAUUAUUUCCAGCAUUAGUUUCUUAGAGGGCAUAUUGCUACAAUUGCCUUUUAGGCAAAUUUAAAAUAUACUUCUACUUAAUACAAUUUUUACUUAAAACAUUUAUAUAUAUAUAUAUAUAUUUAUAUUUCUAGUCAAAAAUUAUUCUGUUACAUAGGAAUAACAAAGCUUAAAAUGUUGCACGAAAAUGUAAAAAAAAUUAUGGGUCUAUUUACGCCUUUGCAAAGUAUGUAAUAGGAAAUUGGGCGUAAAAUCCACGUUAAGGGUGCACAUUUAAGGGAAUAAUACGCAAAAACCAUUGGCCAGUAACAUGAGCUAAAGAAUAAAAACGAUGGCAAUGUUCUGACCCAACUACGGACACUGGCCCAACUUUGGACGCAGGACUGGCCUCAGACGGGACAGCCCGUCAAAAGACUAUCUAUUGACGGGCCCGGCCCAACUUUGGACAUAUGUAUGCAAAUUCGUCUUAAGCUGAUACAGGCCUAACUAUUGACAAAGGAAUCUCCUGCUUUAAAAAGCCGUGUCAUUGGAUGGGACAAACUCAACUGUACACAAAAGACUCUUGCAAUUUUAAAAAAUGUGUCAUAAGAUGGGACAGGCCUAACUAUUUAAAAGACUGUGUUCAAGAUGGGACAGGCCCAACCAUUGACAAAGGACUUGUGCUUUCAAAAAUCGUGCCAAAAAAGAACCAGGCCUAACUAUUGACACUGUUUAGAAACAGCCACAACAUGGGCCAGUCCGAAGACUCCCAGAAUAAUGUUAAACCUUGUACCAUGGGCAACACAUUGUAACGAAUUCUAAAAAAAUUGAAGACUGAUCACAUAAAAUAUAAAUUAACACAUAACAUUUCUUUUAAUCAUAGUCUCCGUUUCUUGAAUAUAUAACAAAAUAUUUCAAUGUGGCUGCCCCAGCCAAAACGAUUCUGUAUCCUAAAAAGUAAACAUAAAUAGCUUAAACAAUAGCGUAGCUAACUAUAUCUGUAUAUAUAUAACAUGACAUUACACUGAGCUAAAUAUUAUAUAUAUAUAUAUAUAUAUCUUGAUAUCUGAGUCAUAAUUAUUUAGCUAGUCAUUAUGCACACAACAAUCCAGGUAAAAACAUCUCUAAAAACAUCAUGCAACAAGAAAGUCUCCAACUGCUUUAAAAAAUGCAUUCGCUGAUAUGGUCUUGAACCAAGAGUUGCCAAGUAGUGCUGUUUUUGCUACCCACAACAAUCUUGAAAUGCAUAACUUGAUUUAAUCUCAGCUAGCCAUAUACAACACCUCGGAGAAAGUUGCAGCAGUUCAGUUUUUUCACUUUAUUGGAGUUAGUUUUUGUUAAAUACAAGGUCUUCAAGUAUGCAAACAUCUUUUAACGCCAUGUCGCAUGUUGGUCCUCGCCCGUCAAUUGACAGGACAGCAUGUCAAAAGAUGGGCCACCGUGUCUAAAAAUAGUCCGUUCCGUCUAAGACAGGCCGUGUUCUAAGUUGGGUCAGAAUGCACUUUUAUACUGACAUUGAUAAAAACCACACAACAUUUCAUAACAAAAACAUGGGGAACACAUCUUUUAAGGCAGAAAUGUUCGCAGACAAACGUGUACUUUUGGUUUUGGGUCGCAAAAAUGUGUAUUGAAAUU